UUUCCCACACUUCUUUCCUAAUUAUUGUCCUGCAGGACAGCUGAUCUAUUUCAAACAGGAAGCUGUUUACAGAUAACACUUGCAACUGUUUUGUCUGAUUUGUUGAACUGUCGAAACGCAAAAGACAACCUCUUUUCAAAUUAAAAACUGUCAGACUUCUGUAAACAGCAGCAAUGAGGUUCAUCUGUGCAGUGUCCCUGCAGGCACAGAGUGUUCUGCAGUUCCCAUUUUCUCAGCAACCAUAAGGAGUCAGUGACCUGUAAGUGCUCAUUAUGAAGAGAGAUCUGGUUUUCUUGGUGACUCUAAUUAGCCUUGCCUUCCUGUCACUGCUAAGAUCUGGAUAUCCUCAACAUAUAGCAGAGGAGUCCUGCUCUGUUCAAAUUCUUGUUCCAGGCCUCAAAGGGGAGGCUGGAGAAAAGGGCGAAAAAGGUGCUCCAGGUCGUCCGGGCAGAGUUGGGCCUCCGGGAGAUAAAGGAGAAAUGGGGGACAAAGGACAGAAAGGCAGCAUGGGACGACAUGGAAAAAUUGGUCCCAUUGGUUCAAAAGGUGAAAAAGGAGAUAAUGGUGAUAUAGGACCACCGGGUCCUAAUGGCGACCCAGGCAUCCCCUGUGAGUGCAGCCAGCUAAGGAAGGCUAUUGGUGAAAUGGAUAUCCAAGUGGCCCAGCUGACAACGGAAUUAAAAUUCAUAAAAAAUGCACUGCCCUCCCCCGCAGCUGUUGCUGGUGUGCGUGAGACAGAUAAUAAGAUAUACCUGCUGGUGAAGGAGGAGAAGAGGUACCUGGAAGCCCAGCUCUACUGCCACGGAAGAGGAGGAACGCUGAGCAUGCCCAAGGACGAGAACGCCAACAGCCUCAUCGCCUCCUACAUCAAUCAAGCAGGGCUCACCCGAGUUUUCAUAGGCAUUAACGACCUAGAGAAAGAGGGAAAUUUUGUCUACUCUGACCGAUCCCCCAUGCAGACCUUCAACAAAUGGCGCAGCGGGGAGCCCAAUAACGCAUAUGACGAGGAGGACUGCGUGGAGAUGGUGGCGUCUGGAGGCUGGAAUGAUGUGGCAUGUCAUAUCACGAUGUAUUUUGUUUGUGAAUUUGACAAAGAAAAUGUGUAAGCUCAUCUGCUUUUUCUCUAUUUUAAGAAAAGAUUUUUUAAGCAGAUUGUAUAAGUUACCCCAUGUUUAUAAAGUACAAGUGAUAUUUUACAAGUAUGUGACAUCAGUGUUGUACAGCUGUAAAUACGAUUUAGGUAUUUCAAAUAUCAAUAUUUACCCUUCAGAAGGGAAGAGCAAUGAUAAGUAAGACAUGGCUUGUUUUUCUUUAGGAAAAUAUAUGUAUUUAGAUAAAAAUGAGGCUUGGGGCUAAAUUCUGCCCUCAUGACAGUUAACAAAUUUGAUUGCAUGACUGUGAGGGAAGGCAGAAUUUGGUCUCUAGUUGUUAGAAUGAUAUUUCUGAAGAAGUAGAUUCUUGAUAUUCUUUUAUCUUAGCAAAAUUUGUAGUUUUGAAUGUUAAUUGCUUGUAGUGCUACAGGGAUAAUUCAGUCACGAGACAAACAUUUUGUAUACUCCAGUUAAUUAGUACAAAUAUUACUGUAAUUUUUUUUGGAUGUGAAGGUAUUACGACUUUUUUUUUUGAAACAUAGCCAAAGCAACCAGCUAAUCAGGAGUACUACCAAUUUUGUAAUGUUUCCUUAUUGAACUGUUCAUAGAUAACAUCACAGGGAGGCCCACCAGUGAACUAACGGAGUUUUAGUGCUGGGGGAGGACUAAGUUCUUGUAAUUCAGUAAUGAAAGAGGGAUCCAAACCAAAAGGGUGUUUGGGGGUUUGCUAGAGGUAAAAGAAAGAUUUUGUCUUCUGCAUUCUUUAGUUGAGAAUGAAUCAGUACAUGAACUAUUUAAGGCCCCAGAUAAUUUCUUAAAGUAAAUGUUUCACAUUUGCAUAAGAUGAUCUUAGUGCAAAAAACAAAGAAACAAAUAUGAAUCCUCCACAAUUUAAGUUUCUUCAUAGACAACGAAUGUCACAAAAAUGGUUUAGCCAAUAGUUCUUUUCAGCAAGAAAACAGCUUCCGCCUUUAGUCAGUGCUGACCCCCUAAAAAGCAGCAACAAGUUUCAAAUAUCUUUCCAGUUCAUGUAUAUAGCAGCAGUAAGUCAUUUUGCACAAAUAAUUUAUGUACUCAAUUUACAAUUGCAUGUAACUGAAAAUGUGAUAUAUAUUUAAAAAUACCCAUAAUUUCACAAAGGAAAUGAUGGAUUACUUUGGAGCUUUCUAAGAGCUGGUUGCACAUCAUUUUAUGCUGAUGUUAGGCAUAGAAAGAUGACCGCAAAAUCCCUGACUAACUGUGGUUUUCAGGAAUACUCUGCACGGUGUUUUAAGAUGAUCUUUAAGGAGGAAUGAUCCUUUGUAUAAGAUAGCGAUCAAAAUAUGUGUAUGAUCAGUAUGGAAGCUAUGUCUACAAUAUCCAGAGUGGAUCUGGCGUGUGCUUCCAGAUGUUUCCCUUCAGCAAGGCAAUAUCGACACAUAUCUACUCUAUAGUGUCCUGGUAUAUGAAUAAUUAAGGAUCAUACAAUUUUGUUCAUAUCCACAGAGCCUGACAAUAUUUGACACGACACUAUUAUUAUAUACUUAAGAAAGCAAACUGUUUUGCUUGAUAUAUUUACUCUGUGAAUUUGAACCCAGUAUAUGUAUGUUUACUAUUAAUUUUGAAGAUCAGUAGCACAUUCCUAUAAAUUUGAAUAUCAGCCCAGCACUAGAGCAACCACUAUAGGAAAUGGAUGGUCCAUAGAUUGCCUUACCUUUUUUCCUAUAAAGGUGGGUCUGAUUUCUGUAUGUAAGGCUUUCUUCAAAUUGUGUAUUGAUAUCUAUUAAAUAAUGUGGAUAUGGUUCUAUGCUAAUAUUCAAAGACUCUUUACAGAAUUUGCGGGAGCUGACUGUUCCAGUGGAGCAAUUCAUGUAUCAUGGUUGUUUCCUGCUGCCUACCAGCUAUGGAAAUCCUCAGAAACCCUUUAAAUCUCCAAUAUCCUUUUGUCAAAUUAUUGUAAGUAUAUUAAAGUUGUCCGAACUUGAGUUCCAGAUAUCUGGAGCUCCCUCAUUAUGUAUGUGCCUAAGUUGUUAACUGUUUAUUUUUCACCCAGUUUUUGGAAGUCUCUGAUAUGAUAGGUUGAUUUCCCCAGAAACAUGAAAAGAGACCUUUUCAGAUUCCUUUUAAGGAGAUGGGAAGCUUUUUUAGAUACCAAAUGCUCCUAUUUUAAUUGUAUGGAAGCCACACCACAUUUAUAAAGAUUGCCUUGAUGUGUACAGCUUUUAAGCAGUCUGAAUUUCUAUUAAAAUUUAUGAUGAAAAAUAAAGGCAGUGGAAAAAACACUUCCUUCCCCCAGCUUUUAUGUUCUCCAGGAUAUGUUUUUGCAGCUCUUGAAAUAUGAGAUAGAAAAGAAGAUAGCUGUCUUGUCAGAGCCCUUUAUGUACUUGGUUGCCACAGUCCUUAUUUCACUGUUUGAGCAGGGGUAAUGUCUGUAGCUGUGCUGCAAGGAUAAAAGACUGUUCAUCUGAUACCAACCUCUGCAAGGGACUGGGCAAGAAAUGUUAGAGGGAUCGGAAGCAAAUGAGCCCUUGACCAUUUCUUUCGCCCUCCAGUUGCUGACCGACAUAGGCAGACCCUUGCUGGAGGCAGAAAUCCGUAUUACAUGCAGGCUGGGCAAAGCCUGCUGAAGCACGUGGUAAGAUUUCCAUUGCCUUCAGUGGAAUUUGGUUCUGCUGCUACCUUGUGAGUUGGAGCAAAUGAGUCUUGCUUGCUUAUUUUAAUAAAUGUCCGGAGCAAAGAGCUACCAUUUUAGGAGAAAAUCAAGUCGUAAGUUAGUUUUAUUUUAUUUGAGGUAUUUUCCAUGUGCAUCGAAACCCGUAUCAUUAUAUCAUUAUUCAUUUUGUGUGCCUCUGCGGAGGACUUCUGAACAUUUCUGUCUGGUAAGUUCAUACUGACAGGUUUCCCAGACUAACGUUAUGUGUUUUACUUCUUUUUGUAUAAAUAUGGAUGAUUUUUCCCGAUACAUAUUUGCCCAUAGCCCUUUUUUAUUUUAUUCUUAAUUAAUGGGCAUGUUGGUGCAUUUUAAGAGAGCAAAAAUAACAGGUUUUUAUACAGUCGCCUGUUCAGGCUCUUGACUGAUUUCUUCACAUAAAAUACAUAUUUCAGUCAACAUGCUAUAUUCCGCCUGUUUAGAUGCUAAGGCUAUUGUGUUUUACUGAUGUGAGGGCCCAACACACAGGGCCAGGCAGGAGCUGAGCCGGCUGAGUCCAAAGGGCCGGGAAGAGCCUGGCCGUGCCCCUGCGGGGUGGCUGGGGGCUACGGUCUGCAUCCACCCCACUGCCAUCUCGACGCCCCGAUGUGGACCCCAUCGCAUUGCAUCCCCAUGACCGUGUGUCGCCCUUGGCUCCCAGCUCGCCACCCCUUGCUGCUCCUGGCAGCUGAUGUGGUUAUCCCUGAAAAUACAUUUUCUAGGCAGGUUGGGGGGCAGCAGCAGAACUUUACCCUGGCUGUGAGUUUUGAGCUGUCUGAAGUCACAAAACAGGACUGUAAAAAUUAGUCUUUAUACUUUGGAUAUAGAACAUUGUUAUUGAUAUAUCUAUUGAUAUAGAACACGUUAUUGAUAUAUAGUCCAAGAAAAUGGAGUGCUGCUUUUUACAUAAGCUCGGGAAAUACCCGUUCAAAUAUGCAUUAAAAAAAAGCAGCUGGUUGGAUUUUUUGGCUACAGUUUUUGAUGAAAAAUGAAACAAGAUGAUAGGAUGAAUUAAAACAAUUUUGUAGUUUCAAAAGUGGUGAAGGUUCACAAUGGGCAGAGACUUCUGAAGUGAACAUUUCCCAAGGUGUUUCCUUUUGGAAUGUUUCAGAAUUUCAUUUCUGAGUUCUGAAACAUCACUGUGACCCAUAAAGGGUUUUGAUUUUUGUGUUAUUCUUAGUGUAUCUUACACCAUGUCAGUAAUAGCAUUCAAUAUAAUGCCUGAAAUUUUUACCUUAUUCUUUAUGUCUUUUUUUCCAAUCGAAACAAGUUGUCUUUCUGAGAGCUCUCUUGCUUGCAGUAAUGAAAGAGUUUGAGACUUGAAUCAGUUUCUCCUUUUGGGACUGCUAUAACACUAUAAACAGCAGAUACUCUGAAUACAAAGCAAUAAUAAUGUUGAUAUUUUAAUCAACAUUAAGUAGAAGAUAUUCUUACUGAUUACAAAAAUGACUCAUUUAACAAUUAUGCCAUGUAAAAGUCAGUUUAUGCACUAUAAAAUAUAC